CCGCAUAAAACCAAAAAAUAAUGUAAGAGUUCAAACGGGGGUGAAAAAUGGCUCCUCAAAGGCAGACUGCUUUGCUUUGCACCCUGUUUUGUUGUAUAGCGUUCAUCACUUGCAGAGCAGAAGGACAGACUGGUACUGAGCCAGAAGUGACCAUCACACUUGGACGGCUCAAAGGGAGACAAACAAAUGUGAAGGGGACAGACAGACUUGUAAAUGUUUUCCUUGGGAUUCCUUUUGCAAAAGCACCUGUUGGAUCCUUGAGAUUUUCCCCACCUGAACCACCUGAACCCUGGGACGAUCUGAGAGAUGCAACUUCUUACCCACCACUAUGUCCUCAAGAUCUGUCCAUGUUGAAAAUAGCUGAAAAAAACUUUAAAGAAAAGCACCUUCCAUUCCGAACUUCUGAGGACUGUUUGUAUCUAAGCGUUUACAGCCCUGCUGGUUCAAACAAGAAGGACAAGUUACCCGUAAUGGUGUGGAUCCAUGGAGGCAAUUUUAUAUUUGGUGGUGCUUCUAGGUAUGAUGGUUCUGCACUAUCGGCCUACGAGAAUGUUGUGGUAGUAAUAAUUCAGUACAGACUUGGACUCCUCGGAUUCCUCAAUACUGGUGAUGAACAUGCUCGUGGUAACUGGGGAUUUUUGGAUCAAGUAGCAGCUCUUCAGUGGAUCCAAGAAAAUAUUGAACACUUUGGUGGAGAUCCAGGAUCUGUCACACUCUUUGGUGUAUCUGCAGGAUCUUGCUCUGUUUUUGCACAUGUUUUAUCUCCUUUGUCUAAGGGUCUCUUUCAUAAAGCAAUAUCAGAGAGUGGAAUUCUAUUCCCUCCUGAUAAAGAUUUACUUCUUUCAACAGAUCUUAAGAAAAUUGCAAGUAUAUUUAAGUGUGAGUCAAGCAGUUCACUCUCUCUGAUAAACUGCUUAAGGAACCAGGAAGCAAAUGAUAUAGUCUUUAAUAGUACGGAUAUGCCAUUUCUACCCUUAGUUUUGGAUGGAGUAUUUCUUCAUAAGUCACCUGAAGAGAUAUUGGCUGGGAAAGAAUUUAAUGCAGUCCCAUUUAUGAUAGGAGUCACCAACAACGAAUUUGGCUGGAAUAUUAGAUCUACAUCAAAAAUACCAGGUCUGAAGGAAAUAGGAGAUAAAAAGUCAAUCACUUCAACUUUAAAGAUUUUACUACCAAUGAUGGCUGUGUCAUCAGAGUUUCUGCCUGUGAUAGUGGAUGAAUAUCUAGGAAACACAGAUGAUCCUGCUGAGCUACGGGACAGAUUUCUGGAUUUGCUGGGGGAUGUAGGAAUUGUCAUGCCAUCCAUUAAAGCAUUGAAUUAUCACAGAGAGUCUGGAGCUCCUGCCUACUUCUUUGAAUAUCAGCAUCGGCCUACUGCGUACUGGGAUAGUAAACCAGAGUAUGUGAAAGCUGAUCAUGGAGAUGAAGUUGGAUUUGUCUUUGGAGGACCAUAUCUGGCUGGUGAAAUUCAGCUACGUAGUGAAGUUACAGAGGAAGAAAAGAGCCUUAGUAGAACUUUAAUGAAGUACUGGGCUAACUUUGCUCGAAAUGGAAAUCCUAAUGGUGAGGGGUUAGUUGAAUGGCCAUCUUAUAACCUAAAUGAAGAAUAUUUACAGAUAAAUCUGAAACAGAGGAAAGCCAGAAAGUUGAAAGAAAAGAAGGUAGACUUCUGGAGAAAGGUGAUGUUUGAAAAGACAAAUAACAAAAGAAUGGAACAGAAGAAGGACACAUUGCUGCUAUCCUGCAUUCUCACCGUCGGGGUCACAGCACUUAUAGCUACUGGACAAAAAGCAGAGCAACCAGAAGUGAGGACCAAAUAUGGGAGAGUCCGAGGGUACCAAUUCGAAGUUGAGGCAGCUGGGAGGAGUGUAAAUGUGUUUUUGGGACUUCCUUUUGCUAAGCCUCCGGUUGGACCACUGAGGUUUUCUGACCCACAGCCACCUGAGCCAUGGGAAGGUGUCAGAGAUGGCACUUCCUACCCACCAAUGUGUCUACAGGAUAAAGAACAAGCACAGGUUUUUUCGGAUGCUAUUACUAAUAGAAAAGAAAAAGUUCUUCUCCAAGUAUCUGAAGAUUGCUUAUACCUAAAUGUGUAUACACCUGUUUCUACAGAAAAACAAGAGAAGCUGCCUGUCUUUGUAUGGAUCCAUGGAGGUGGAUUAAUUUUUGGAGCAGCUUCAUCAUACGAUGGUUCAGCAUUAGCGGCCUUUGACAAUGUGGUGGUGGUAGCAAUUCAGUACAGAUUAGGUAUUGUUGGAUAUUUUAGCACUGGUGAUAAGCAUGCCCGAGGUAACUGGGGGUAUUUGGAUCAAGUAGCAGCUCUUCAGUGGAUUCAGGAAAAUAUCGCACAUUUUGGAGGAGAUCCAGGAUCUGUCACUAUAGUUGGAGAGUCUGCAGGAGGGAUCAGUGUUUCUGCUCUUGUCUUAUCUCCCCUGGCAAAGGGCUUGUUCCAUAAGGCCAUUUCAGAGAGCGGUACUGCAAUCAGGGCUUUGUUCACUGACCAGCCUGAGAAGGAGGCACAGAGAAUUGCUACUGCCUUUGGCUGUGAAAAAUCCAGUUCGGCUGCAAUAGUUGAAUGCUUAAGAGAAAAAACAGAAGAAGAGAUAAUACAGACAACACUAAAAAUAGAUUUUACAACAUUGCGGCUAUGCUAUACUUCACCUGAAAAAUGUGAACAGCCUUCCCUGUUCGUCAGUGCAUCUGCAGACGGUGUAUUUUUUCCGAAGAGUCCCAGGCAAUUACUAUCUGAAAAAGUGAUCAAUGCAGUCCCAUAUAUAAUAGGAGUAAAUAACUGUGAAUUUGGAUGGGUAAUUCCUAUGAUGAUGAAAUUUCCUGCUUACACAGAUGGUCUGGAUAAAGAUGUUGCACGUCAACUUUUACAGGGCUCCUUACCAUUAUCCAUUAAGGGUGUUACUUCUGAAGUUCUUGAUCGAGUAUACAAUGAAUACAUAGGGAAUGCAGAAAACCAGGCUCAAGUGCGAGAUGGUCUUCUUGAUGCACUAGGAGACUCUUUGUUUGUUCUUUCAGCCGUUGAAGUGGCUAGAUACCAUAGAGAUGCUGGCAACCCAGUCUACUUUUAUGAAUUUCAACAUCGACCAAGUUCAGCGACAGGUGUUGUACCAGAGUUUGUAAAAGCAGAUCAUGCAGAUGAGAUUGCCUUUGUCUUUGGAAAGCCAUUCUUAGCCGGGCAUGCUACAGAAGAAGAAAAUAAACUUAGCAGAACUGUUAUGAGAUACUGGACUAACUUUGCUAGAAAUGGAAAUCCCAAUGGAGAAGGCUUGGUCCAUUGGCCUCAGUAUGACCUGGAUGAAAGAUACCUGGAAAUAGACCUAAUGCAAAAGACAGCAAAGAAAUUGAAAGAACGCAAAAUGGAGUUUUGGACACAGCUCACAAAAGAAAUGAUGAAUGGAAGGAGAGAACAUACAGAUUUAUAA